AUGAAUGUCAAGCGAAGAUUGGAAGAACUGCCGAACGAAAUCUUUCACGACUUAUUCGAAUAUUUCGAUAUAUAUGAACUGUAUAAAAUAUUUUCCAAGCUAAAUUCUCGUUUCGAUGGAUUACUAAAAAACUUUCCACAUCUCCAACUAAUUCUCCAUUCAUCUGAUGAUUUCGAUCAUCCUGUUCAUCGAUAUUUACUGUUGUCAGUCAAAACCCUAGUGAUUAAUCAUUCGAAAGAUUUCUGCAAUUCAUCUGUCCUUCAAUCCUUGUCACAUGUUCGCUGCUUGAUACUUUGCCAACCAACGCGUCAACAAUGGAAUGCCAUUAUUCCCGAAGAUUUUCCACACCUCGAACGCUUAUACCUAAUCAACUCAAGGUUUGCUUAUCGAACGGAACAACUCUGUCAAUUGAUUUUUUCCAAUUCAUUUCCUUCGCUACAUUCAUGUUCAUUACCUCAUAUUUCAUAUGAAUCAAGGAAUCUAUGGACUGGAUCGAACCGUUUGCGUUCACUUCAAGUCAGUAUUUGGGAUAUUCGAGUGUACAUACAAAUUCUUUGUACAUGUCCGAACUUAUCUCAUUUGAAAAUUUCACUUGGUGGAGCUGCACAAACUGAUGAUUUUCUCUUCGAUUCAAACGCACUUUCACAUUCAGCUCUUCAAAAUUUAGUAUUCUGUCAUUCAAAACCAAUCACAUGUCAAUUUAUGGAUUCUCUACUGUCAUGUACACCCAAUCUCGAACAUUUUUCAUUUCGAGUAGAUCACCGUCGUCCAAGUCAUGUAUCAGUGAACGACUUAGCCCGUAUUCUUCAAUGUCGAAUACCAAAAUUAAGAUCGAUUCGUCUCGAUAUGGCUAUACCUCAUCAUCUUGCAUAUACCGAUGAGAUGCAAACAAAGCAUCAGUUAUUCAGAUCGUUGAAAGUACAAAUGGAAGUCGAUCAACCGAUAAGAUCACGCUUACUCAUUCCGAUUGAUUGUUCUGUUCUCUCCGACGAUCGAAUUUUAUAUGUCGAAAUGAUGAACGUUCGAAUGAGUCUAUGGCAGUGCUGGUUGUAUUCGUUCUUUCUGACUGGUCUUUUUACUCAAGCACAAAAUCCAUUCAAUUCCGGCGGAAGCAGUGGUUUCUUAGUGGAUCCUUUUCUCGAACUUACAGGAGCAAUCACAACUCCUGUCAUUCCAAAAUCGGCACAGGCAGAUCUAUCAUGUGUAUCUCAGGGUGCUUUAGCUGGAGCGAUUAUUGGAACGAUGUUGUUAUCAGCUUUUAUCGCAUUUUUAACUUGGAUGAUCUAUCUACGACAGAAGUUACAAGAACUUCAAUCAUAUGAAAAUCAAGAGAGAAAACAAAUGGGAAUCUCAUCGAAGCCACAGUCAUCUGCGUCUGUAUAUUCAAAUUACAAAAAACAACAUCUAAAUGACAUCGUUAAUAAAGACAAUCAAUUACCACUGGAUGUUACUGAUUGUAAAUUUGGCACAUUUCCAUUUCGUCAAUCUCAAAGCUCAAGUAUCAAUGAUCAGUAUAACAGUCUUGAUUGGUUAACUCGUGUUCCUGCGUCGUUUCGAUCUGCGACCAUCGAUAAAGAUGCACAAAUGAUCGAUGUUGAAUUAUUGAAUCCCACAUUUUGUGGUCUCAACUUUAGCAUCACGGGAAAUAUGCGCGCAGGAAUCUUUAUCAAGGAUAUUCUCGACAAAGAAAUAGGCAAAGGCAAAAUCAAGUUAAAUUCGUCGGAUCAAUUGAAAGCUGGUGAUCGAAUUAUCGCUCUAACCGUUUGUUUCGAUUCGAUUGUAUACGAAGAUGCAUUGACCAUACUUAGUUAUGCAUCCCCUUAUCCAGUUAUUCUUCGUGUACAAAGAUCAACACGGCCGACAAAAGUCAAAGUAAUCAAAGAGAAACGUGCAAUUCAGGGUACAACGACAAGCAAAGUGAAAUGGCGUGAUGACUUUGAACAUUAUGAUAACGAUACAUCACAAAAUCAUUCGUCCAAUCCGUUGAAUCCAACGCUAACGACAGAUACAAAAACAACUUCAGCAAAUACUCAACAUCGUUCUUCGUCGAAGAAAACGCGUUUGAACAGAUCACCAUCGGCAACAAAAGGUAAUCGAGCCAAAACAUCAGCAAAUAUGACAGCAGUCAGCGAGAAACAUUCGAGUGUGGAUACUAAAAAACAUCGAAUUAAAGUAUCAAAUGCCGCGAUAUCAUCGUCCGCAGGUAUAUCCGGAAAAUCAAUUGAAAAACUAGCCGCAACAUCUAUGCCAACGAAUAAGACUACUGUCAAAUCGGUGACAAAUGCCGUCAUCUCUUAUCUUCAAUAUCGAGGAGCGAAUGGAGGUCAUGGAACAGAUGUUACAAAUAACUCGGAAGCAACAUUAAUGCCCUAUUAUGAUUCUCCAUAUGAUUACUAUGCUGCUAAUGCAUCGUGCCGCGGAAAUCUGAACCGAAAUAAUAAUAACUCCUUGUCGACAGAGUCGCUGACUGCUGUGACGUCGUUAUGUACAAAUGAGUUUUCUCCAAGAAAUAUUCGAUUUUUACGUCGAUAUGAACGGCGGUUAUCUUCGCCAGCCCAAAUAUUGCCGAUAACGAUUCAGACAGUUGACGAUACGGAAAAGUCAGCGAAGAAUGUCGACACAUUCGUGUAA